UUGCGUCAAAGGGAAUGCACGAUUGUUGAAUAGUAACGACUUGCAUGAUAUCGGGAUUACGUAAUCCGAUUACAAAAACCAAGAUUUUGCUAUUACGGGACAAUAGGUUUUAUUUAUUUAUUCCACGUGAAUCCAGCAACGUAAUCUACCGACUGUGCCCGUAAAUUUGAAAAGUGCCGUGUACGGCAGCUCUUCGAUGAGGAUGGAGAGGUCUCGUACAUCAUUUGACCACUGGCUGCACAAAAACAAUUUUACUUUCAGAGAGUCGAGGGGUAGAAACAUCACUGUUCAGUGUAACCUCUGUCUCCCAACAAUUAAACUGUUAUCCACUGCAAAGGACACCACAUCUAAUCUAAAGAAGCACUUGGAGAGAAAGCAUUCUUUGCAGUUUAAGAAGAAACUAAGCAAAGAUGAACCAAGCAAUUCAGGACAUCAGGUUCCUGAAUUUGGACCAUCCGACACAAAGCAACCCAAGAUGGAUCACACUCUGUACACAUCCCAGUCCAAACUGAAUGCCCUGAUCUUCAACUUCAUCGUGGAGGACGUUCAACCCAUUUCCAUUCUAGAGCAAGCCGGGUUCCAGCGUUUGAUCGAAGUGUUAAGCAGAGGCAAAACGGUCAUGAAUCGCAAGACUUUUGUUUCCAGGCUCGACGCAACAUUUGAUAAAAUGAAAGAGGAGCUGCGAGCAAAACUCGAUAGAGUGCAGUCACUGUGCACCACUGCUGAUAUAUGGUCAGUUCAAGACAGAAGUUAUUUCGGAAUUACUUGUCACUGGCUUGAGGACAAUUUCGAAAGAAAGUCAGUCGCUCUCGCCUGUACACGUAUGUAUGGCGGACACACUUGUGAAACAGUCAUAGCAAAAAUCCAAGAAAUCCAUUCUUCUUAUAAUAUCGAAAGCAAAAUCUGCUCUACUGUCACCGAUAACGGAAGCAAUUUCGUCAAAGCCUUCAGAGAGUUCUUACCAGAGGAUGAGCGUGAAGUCGAAGAAAUUCAGUUUGAUGAUUUGGGCAAAAUGCUUAGUGAGGGGGACGUGGGUGGAGAUUUCUUUCUGAGUUAUUUCCUACCACCCCACCAACAAUGUGCUGCUCAAACGCUCAACCUGAUCGCCUCGAAGGAUCUAGCGGACGCCAUCUCAAAAGAACCGAUACAGAGAGUGCAUGUUAGCUCAACCGCAAAGUGCGCCUUGAUAUGGCAGAAAGCUCAUAGCUCACAGAUGGUGGCUGACAUGGUGGAAACCAUUGCAAAUAUAAAAUUCACAGAUCCUUGCCUGACCCAAUGGGGCUCAGAAUAUAACUUUGUCCAGAAGAUCAUGUCGCUGACUGAUGAACAACUCACACAACUGAUUGACAUCUUGGACGUCCCAAAUUUUGUUCCCGAGGAAACGGCGUAUCUCAGAGAGUAUGCAGAUGUCUUCAAACCAGUGGCUUUUGCACUUGAUCUCUUGCAGGGAGAACAAAAGUGUUUCCUUGGCAUUGUGAUACCGACGUUGCUGACCCUAAAAAGGAAGCUCCAGGAGAAGGCAGGAAACACACAGUUUUUCUCAGAGGUCAUCGACGGCACCGUUGAGGCGAUUGACUCUCGCUUCAAGCAGGUGUUUAACAGUACUGAUGCCAAGUUGGCCACAACCACCAUGCCACAGUUUAGACUGUGGUGGUUACCAGAAGGGGAAAGAGAAUCUGUGCGUGAACGGUUAGUCGCCGAGGUGUCACAGUUAGACCAAGCGAAUGAAGAAGUGGACACAAAUGGAAUCUCCGUUCACGAGGAUGAAUUCUUUUCAUAUGGACCUGGAAGUUCUGGAAAUAGAGAUGGAAAAAGAGGAGCUGCUGAAGAGGUACGAAUUUACCUUGAGGGCACAAACAAAGAUCUGCUGUGCCUGAGUGAAUUUCCAGGUGUGAAAAAACUGUUUAUCAAGUUCAAUACAACGUUGCCCUCGAGUGUCCCGGUAGAACGGUUAUUUAGCAGUGGGGGGAAUAUUUUAACCCGUAAAAGAAGUACUCUCACAGACGAACAGUUUGAGCGUCUGCUCCUUUUACGUUACAACAGCAAAGUAUGCACCACGGCUUUCGAGUAGUACAUAGACUGUAAUAUUACUAAUGGUUAUUACACUUGGUAUUUAGUGUUUAGUUUUUUUAUUAAAGGGAUAGUUCAGCCAAAAAUGAAAAUUUGACAUUUAUUCACCCUCAUGUCAUUCAAAACCUGUGUAUGACUCUAAUGUGGGACACAACGCUAUAAAAGUUUAACCAUAUUAAAGUCAAUAGGGCUCUAUGUUGGUGGAACAUCAAUUUUAUUCCAUUCCAUUCCAUUUUCUACCGCUUACCUCGGGUCACGGGGAGCCUGCGCCUAUCUCAGGAGUCAUCGGGCAUCAAGGCAGGAUACACCCUGGAUGGAGUGCCAACCCAUCGCAGGGCACACACACUCACUCAUUCACGCACUCACACCCUACGGACAAUUUUUUCCAGAGAUGCCAAUCAACCUACCAUGCAUGUCUUUGGACCAGGGGAGGAAACCGGAGUACCCGGAGGAAACCCCCGAGGCACGGGGAGAACAUGCAAACUCCACACACACACAAGUCGGAUGCGGGAAUCGAACCCCCAACCCUGGAGGUGUGAGGCGAACGUUCAAUUUUAUUCAAAAUAUUUAAUUUUGUAUUCUGCUGAAGAAAGUUAUACAGGUUUGGAAUGAUAAGAGGGUGAGGAAAUGAUUAAAGAAUUUUCGUUUUUGGGUGAACUGACCCUUUAGGUACAUUAUGUUCUUUGUGACAUCACAUGAAUCAGUUAGCUACCUUUUAGGUUAUAUUAAGUAAAAGUGGGUCAGAUUGUCAGUCUCUCAUUUAAUCAAUAAUGAAAAAUUAUUAUCUUAAAUGUCUGGCAUGAUAAAGAGAUUUUUCUUCACAGCAAGUAAAAUAAGAUGCAUUAUCCAGAUCUUUGGGGGUAAGUGUGACCUUGCUGUGAAAAGUGUGCCACACUUCUUAGAAAUUUGGGAAAUGAAACCCAGAACUACUAGAAAAUUAAUCAAAUGAAUAAGAUUUUGCCCUGAAAUGGUAGGAAUGUUGCCUAAUGAUGUGCUUGUUCAAUUUAAUAUAGGCUAGUUUUGUAAACUAUGUUUUUCUAUCAACGGUUUAACCUUUUGUUUGUUUAGAAAAUAAAAGAAUGUUUCAACUGUUUUAA